GUUUCGGCAGUUCGGUGCACCAGCGGAACGAGCUCAUGCCCCCCCCCUCAGGGUCAACCCCCCUUUGGCGGAUCCCGACAGGGGCGGGCGGCCUGAUCCGCUGGCCGGCACGAUCGAAGUCGGCACGGAAAGAGUGGGCACAAAGGCUACGGCUGUGGCGGCUGCGCCCGUGGCCCAGAUGGAAAACUGCCAGAGGCUGAGCUCCGUGGAGAAAGACACGUCGGCCUUGCACAAGAACAUCGCCGAGAAGGGCACCAACGCGUACUAUUUCGCCCACAGCAGGAGCUAUGAGAUCCCUGCCCACGCGAAGAUCAUCACAGGCCCCGGCCUCGUCGCCGGGGGGCCCCCGCAGAAGCUGGACGGCCCCGACGGCUCGCCCGCGGCCGACCACGGCACGGCGCCGAGCCCGCAGGC